CUUACUAACCCUAUGAGGUGAAUAAUGCUUCUUGACUUGGUCGACGAUAAAUUGUCUAAUCAUUGUGACUUUUUGUGAAUUAGAAUUUAUUUUAAAUUAGAUGAAAUAAUAAAAAAACCAAAUUAAUAAGGAAGUUAUUUGUUGCAAAUAACGUUGGCAACCCUAUUUCCUUCCUUCAAAAAGUCCUACCGUGUACAGAAAAUUUGGUUAACCAAUAAUAGUCCUGUAUAGAGACAAUUUCCGCGCAUGCGCCUGAUCCAUUUGAUUAGUCCUUCGGUACACAUCAGGCUUGAAAUAUACAAGUUAAUAGUCAAGUACAAUUUUUGCUUAUUAUUAUCAAGAAAAUUUUAUAAAUGAGUCGUUCGUUCAACCAUUAUUUUUUCGUACCACAAUUCAUACAUAUCGUUAACGUAAUGCCAUACAAGCGAAAUUAUUGAUUUGGAGUUUUUCUGUCCACCAAUAACAUUAAGUCAAAUGUACAGACCAGGCAAAGCAAUUUAAACAAAGAGAAAAUUAAAUAGAUAAAAUUUAGAUCCUAAAAAGUUAUAAACAGUGAAAAACAAUGGGGUGCUUGAGUAGUAAAGACCGUUUAACCAAAGAGGACAUGGAGUUUUUAAAAACCCAUACGAGAUAUGACGAAGCUACAAUUAAAGAGUGGUAUAAAGGAUUUAAGCAAGAUUGUCCCAACGGCAGAUUGACGCCUGCGAAAUUUGUCGAUAUGUAUAAAAUGUUUUUCCCAUCCGGGAAUGCGGAAGAGUUUUGCGACCAUGUUUUUCGUACAUUCGAUAUGGACAAAAAUGGAUAUAUUGACUUUAAGGAAUUUUUACUCGCAAUAGACGUAACUUCAAGCGGAACACCGGAAGAAAAACUAAAGUGGGCCUUUCGAAUGUACGAUGUCGAUGGCAAUGGUGUCAUAGACAUACAGGAAAUGACCAAGAUUGUUCAGGCAAUUUAUGACAUGCUAGGAGCGUGCUCAUCUAAUCGUCCAGCUGAUUCAGCAGAAGAAAGAGCAAAAAAUAUUUUUGCAAAAAUGGACGAAAAUAACGAUGGUCAAUUAACCCAAGAUGAGUUCUUAAAAGGAUGCUUGCAAGAUGAGGAGCUGUCUAAAAUGCUGGCACCAUAAACAAUUAUAUCCUACAAUAU